ACAGUGCGAGGAGGAGCGCUGCAGUUUAAUUCGGCGGACGGGAGAGCGGGUGUAGGGACGUGAUUCAGACACAGUGACGUUCGCCAUCGCGUGCCUCUGUGGUGAACGGGUUAACCCCGUUGCGGAAAACAGGAUUUACCAAGGAGAUACUGUAGCGCUGGGACCUGAAGAGCAGCCUAGAUGUCGGGCCAGUGGAAGGCGUUGAAGAAGCCGCCGGCGGCCAUGGUGGCCCCGGAGCCCACGGGGGCCAGCGCGCUGACCGUGGCCCUGGAGCCCAUGGCCCCCACCUCGGCCGACAACUCCACCGAGUCGGUCAGCAAGAACGACGCCUUCGAUGAGAUCAAGAACAAGUUCCUGAACGAGAUCGACAAGAUCCCGCUGCCGUCCUGGGCCAUCAUCGCCAUUGCGGUGGUGGCAGCCAUGUUGAUCCUGACCUGCUGCUUCUGCAUCAUCAAGAAGUGCUGCUGCAAGAAGAAGAAGAACAAGAAGGGCAAGAAGGGGAAGGGGGAGCUGGGCAUGAAGAACAUGAAGGGGGGCGAGAAACAACAGGAGGAUGACGAGGACGACGACGACGCGGAGAUCGGGCUGACGGGCGACGAGAAGGAGGAGGAGGUGAAGGAGAAGGAGAAGCUGGGCAAGCUGCAGUACUCCAUCGACUAUGACUUCCAGGAGAACAAGCUCACCGUGGGCAUCCUCCAGGCCGCCGACCUCCUCUCCAUGGACAGCGGCGGCACGUCCGACCCCUACGUCAAGGUCUUUGUCCUCCCCGACAAGAAGAAGAAGUUCGACACCAAGGUCCACAAGAAGACACUGAAUCCCACCUUCAACGAGACUUUCGUCUUCAAGAUCCCCUUCCAAGAAAUGGGCGGGAAGACUCUGGUCAUGUCGGUGUAUGACUUUGAUCGCUUCUCCAAACACGAUGUCAUCGGGGAGCUCAAGUUCCCCAUGAACACCCUUGACCUGGCCAAGCCAAUCGAGGAGUGGAGGGACCUGGACAACGCAGACCAGGAGGAGCCAGAGAAGCUGGGUGACAUUUGCAUCUCUCUGCGUUACGUGCCUACUGCUGGCAAACUUACAAUCUGUAUUCUGGAAGCCAAGAAUUUGAAGAAAAUGGACGUGGGAGGACUGUCAGAUCCGUACGUGAAGAUCAACCUGUUGCAGAACGGCAAGCGUCUGAAGAAGAAGAAGACGACAGUGAAGAAGAACACUCUGAACCCCUACUACAACGAGUCCUUCAGCUUUGAGAUUCCUCUGGAACAGAUGCAGAAAAUCCAAGCCGUGAUCACGGUUCUCGACUACGACAAGAUCGGCAAGAACGACGCCAUCGGUAAGGUGUGGGUGGGCAGCAAGUCCACGGCGCUGGGCCUGAAGCACUGGUCCGACAUGCUGGCCAACCCGCGGCGCCCCAUCGCCCAGUGGCACCCGCUACAGCCCGAGGAGGAGGUGGACGGGGCCCUCGCCGCGCUCAAUGCCAAAAAGUAA